CUUCCUACCGGAUAAUAUAUUUUUUAUUUUAUCAUUUUUUUUUUAUUUCUCUUCUUAUCGGAUCACUGAACAAGUGCAGUAUCUGCGGAAAUGUCUUACUUGUAUGGGGGAUAAGGAGAACGUACUUCCUUUUGUUAGUUUGUUCAUCGAUUGAUCCGAUUAAUCUGCAGAUUAGAUAAACGAUCGAGAAUUUCUUUUGGAUUUCUUUCGUUCCGUGGGAUUUCCUUGUUUUAUCGCUUUGUUUGGAGUUAACGGGGAAUUUUAUGAGAGACAACGAGAAUUUUCACGACUUUCGCGACUAUGUGCGGCCUCUUGAUGAAAAAGUAGGCGAUAUUAACAUUGUUUCACACGUACUUUUGGGGUGAAAUGGCAUAUUUGGUUUCUGGGAGACAGGGUUGCCACCGCGACAGUUGUUUAAUAACGAGUCUCAUGUUUCCAAAGAGUUGUGCCCCAUGAAAAUUGAAUUUGAUUAAAGUUUAAUUUUAAUUUUUCCUAAUACUGGCUCGUCCACUUCAGCCAGCGUAUUCUGGUCUUCAUUAUAGUUCUCCCUUUUUAACCGUGUGACAAAAACACGGAAGUGUCGAAGGCAAUCUUUUGUGGGUUUAGUUGAAAGAAUGGAGAAUUUCUCGGACAGUUUCAAUUCUCAAAGAGAUCUUUGGAAAGUCGAACGUCAAUACGAACGUUCUUCAUUCACACCAAACUUGUUCCACUAAUUAACGUUUCUUUAAUUAUGAACGGCAGAACUUGACGAAUGAAUUCGAUAAUUGACAAUCAAAUAUUCUACAAUUAUAAAAUUAUUGGUUUAUAUAAUUAUUGCUGUAUCAAUAGCUUGCACUAGGAUUGGGGAAUGGCAGAAUUAAAUACGAUAAAUCGAUAGUUUCAUGAAAAAUGAAUGUGUAUCUAAUGUCAUUGGGAAUAAAAACGAAACCCAGGCCUUUACUUUCACGUAUGAUAGUGUCCAUGGGUAAUUCACCCGUACAGUCUCCCCAGCCGCUGACCGACCCGACGUAACGACUUCGUAACACGCCACAGGGUAUAUUCUGACCGAUUUCAAUCAGACUAGUUCUCCAUUAUUCAGUUUUAUCUUUGACGUCUGGACUUUCGAGGGGGAAAAAUCAGGAAUUAAUCUCGAAAAUUAAAUUUCGUAGUGAAGUGGUAAAAGCAGUUGAAUCACCUUAAUUUCCGGCUGAGUUGCCCGGAAAUAUCUCCGAAGCAAAGCCAGCUACCGAAAUUUAUAACACAAUUUUUCCUGUCGAUAUCCAUUCACUCUACAAAAAAGCUUGUCAUCAAAAAGUUUUCUUAUCUCUCUCAGAUUCAGAGACAUUGCCGAAAAAUAUCUGAGAGUUGAUUUAUCUUCUUUACCACCUCUCCGUGGCAUUGUUGAUUGUUUUAUCAAUAUUGACAUGGGCAACAACUAAAUCGCUGAAUCUCACGUAACUCUGUAACUGUAUGGAUGACCUAGUAUUGCAAAAACAUUCUAUUCAUCGGGUUUAAGCCAUUUUCGUGCUUGAAAAUCAUCCGACGAUUCAUUCGAUUUGAUGACGAGACAGUUUUGUCUAAUUAGAAAUUUUUUCAACAACUUGUCACUAAAUUGAUUAAUUGAGGAAGUAUUAAUUACUGAAAUACUUCAUCAUUCUGCGUCGACCAUCGUAUCCUUUUUGUCCAAUGCCCAAGGUAGAAUAAAAUGUUUAAAUGUCACAAGUUGCUCCGCACAACGGGAAAACAAUGAAUAAAAAUCACUUCUGCAACUUUCAUUUUUAAAUAUAGCGGACGGCCGUUGAUAUUCAACGGAGUGAAUACUAAAAGUUCAAUAGUUUUACGUAAGCUCUGUAAUUUCAAUUCUCGUGGAUAAAAAUGUGCGGAAAGUGGAUUAUAAAAAUGAGGGAGGAAUAAUUCAGACACGUUCACGGUUACAGAUUGCUUCACGCUCAGUGAACACGAACCGUUCUAUCGGUGCGUGUUAUCAAACAAUGUGUAUUAACGUCGUGAGUGUUAGUGGGGAAACAUAACGUAUGAGUCGUAUUUCAGUUUGAGUAAAUGUCGAUUAAAAUUUCUUGUUAAUCAUUGCUAUGGAAUUUUAUUAAAAAAUGAAAUUUCCUUUGUGUGAUGUCAGUAAUUAGUAAGGAGAUUUGCAAUGAAAGUAAUGGAGAAACGCUCAUUUUCCUUCCGGUUUCUAAUUCCCGAAUAUUAAUAAAUCAAAUCAAUAAAAGAUUAAUAAUGUUAAAUCGAUAUUUUAUGUAAUAUCCAGUUCGAUUGAUGCAAUUCUUACCAGAAAUUUUUUUUAAAGAACCUCGCGUGAAAAUCAUGCCCAUAUUAUUGAAAAUCAAUGAUUGACAUUAUUCUUCAGUGAGUCACGAUAACCAUUGAAUUAGCAUAUGUCUAAAGCCUAUCGCCUCCAACGCACAAUCGAGAAUCGUCAUGAAGGAACAAAAAAAGAAUUCGCAUUGUCUGUUAUAUGAUUUUUUAUCACUUAUGUCCUUUUGAAUGGCGGAGCUCCCUGAGUUCUUAAUUUCCCAACAUUACGAGAAUUAUAUUCUCGGUUGGAUUUGCGGUAAAUCCCCGCCUCUUAUCCGGCAAACGUAUGGAAAAAGAUACGAUGAAGGGUUGGGGGAGGGGGCAAUAGCGAAAGGCAUCAGAAAAGUAGUUUGUAUAUAUCGAGACUAUCGUGGGCGCUAGCGUGGGCCGUACACUUCUGGCCCCGAAACCAAUAUUUCUCUUGCCCCCUUCCCGAGGCUGUACCAAGAGCCAAGAAAAUUCAUUAGGCCUUUUUUCGCGAUAAUUCUCGAUAAAUGUCGAAUAAAAUUCCCAUAAAGAUAAAAGAAACCGUCUAGGAAAUCAUUUGAAUAGUGAAAGAAACAAAGGCCAUUGUAUUUCUUCAUUUAGAGAAAAAAAUUAGUGAAAAUUAUUUGUUAAAAAUUAAAAGAAAUAUGAAAACAAGCUCAACAAAAGCAGAACAUUGACAUAAAAAUCAAAACUGAUGGAUUAAAGUUCAAGUGUAAGUUAUCGGUGUAUUGUGUACCCUAUCAUCUCGUGUUAAAUCGGUCGAUAAAGACCCCCUCGUGCAAAUAAAACCAGAAAAAUAAAAACUCAUGAUGAGGUGUAGCUCAUCGUCUCGUUGCGGAGGUUGAAGGUCGAGUCGGAGGCCUGAAACACAAACCUAUUGCCGAGUAAAUGAGGACACCACGCGAAAUCCUGAGAAUAAUCAUCUCACUAUUUAAUUGCCCAAGAAUUAUCCAGUGUAACUGAUCUUUUAUUUGAAACCAGUGAAAGUUCUAUUGAUUUUUCAUUCAACAAUAAUUAGUGAAGAGCAGAUAAAUAAACAUUGGUAAUUAUCAUUGAAGAUCGUUAGACGGUUUUGCAACUCUCAUUGUUCCCGAGGAGGAAUGAAUAUGGUUGUGUCUCAUAGGGAAACAAGCAUAUCCUCGAAUAUUCGAGCGAUAAUCGAACAGUUGAAUUUGAAUCCGGUGGAGCGAAGGCGUUUGAUAGAUCGAAACUGUGAUAACGGGAGAAUCAGACCUGUUAGCUCACCAGCUAAAAUAACUAUCGGGGUUUAUGGUUCUCGAGAUAAAAAUAUUGAUGUUAAACCAAUGAUUGAUACAUACAAGAGGAAUCAAGACACGCCAAACAUAACAUUUUCCAAGGAAAAAAUCGAGGAAAAAUUGAAGGAAAAGAAUGAAAUUCCAGUGGAAAAAAAACACAAAAAGAUUAACGUGGAUGCUCUUAGGGAGAAGAAUCAGAAUACAACGACAAUUGAAAUAUUUGAAGAUGAUCCGGUCACAGAAAAUCCCCAGAUCGACAAUUGGAGAGAGAAGAGGGACGAAAAGACGAGGAUUGAAAUAAUUAGAGAUGAGGAUAAGGAAACAUUGAGGAUUGAAAUUUUGAAGGAUGCAAAUCCGGAGUCCAUUGUCACGCCGGUGACGACCCCCAGUGGAAAAGUAACCAUUGGGGUCUGGGGUCAGAAUAGGGGGGAACCGAGGGCUGAACGUCCUGGAUCCAUUGGAAAAAUUAUUUCCAAACAGGAGGUGGAUGAAGAGAAGAUAUGUGUCGUGGUAUCUAGGUCGAAGAAGCCUGAGAUGAGGCAGAGAGUACCACCGGAGGAAAAAGAUAUUAUUGAGGUUACGAGAACACAGCAGGAUGUUGUGGAGAGGAUCACAGCGACGCCAAAGGAGGAUUUACCUGAUUUGGAAAGUGCCAGCCUUAGUCACACAGCAGCCCACCACCGCAUAGCGAUUCGCCCAAAGAACCGUAGGCCUCCACGAAGGCCGAUCCCAAGUUCCACCUCCACUAUAACCAUCAUCUCUGAGAGUUCCGACAACCUGGAUAGCCUAGAGCCAAUAAUAAGUUCAACAGGGAGUUCACCAGUGGAGCCAAAGGCCCCUUCCAUCCUGCGAAAGUCCUCGAGUCGUCUGUCUAGGAAUUGCGAGCUCUUCGAGGAAUUGGAGUCAAAAUUACCGAGGAAGCCGGCAAGUGUAGUAUCGCUCUCCCCAGACAGCCUGGACUCCACAGCGCGAACGACACAAGAUACUUCAGAAAAUGAAGAGAUCAGGGAAAUGAAGCCAGUGACUCGAAGGCCCUCGAACAGAGUUUCCAAAGGAUCCGACGUGUUCGAAGAGUUGGAGUCUCGUCUCCCAAGACGAAGAUCCAUCAACAGACUGUCAAAGUCCCCAGACAGCCUCGAGAACUCAUUUUCAAAGUCCUCUGAGGGCUUCGAUAAUCUCACCGAGCAUGAAGGGGUGAAGCCAUCUGUGCGGAGACAUCAGACCUCCAUGUCCAAGUCGAGCGAGGCCUUCGACAUGAUAUCGGAGACUGUGGAGAUGCGAGCGAUGCCCAGACGACUGCCAACGGCCAUUUCCAAAUCGACCGAGGGUUUCGACAAACUCAUCGAACACAAUGAGCCUAGACCAGUGGCUAGAAGGCUCCUUCUUCCAAUAUCAAAGUCUUCUGACCUUGUUUCAAAAUCAUCGGACAGUCUGGAAGUCCUGGAGGCGCUCACCAGUGAUGACUCCAUAGAAAGGAGGCGAAGUAGCUUUGAAAUGAGACCUAGAAGGGGUGUGAAAGUCAUGUCCAUGUCAUCCGAGAAUUUCGAAAAUCUUGAGCAGGUCCAGAAGCAGAAGAGAAAUAGUGCUUCUGAUGUCAGCCUUUCACGGGGUAAGAGACACUGCCAAAUUAUUUCCAAGUCCAGCGAAAGCUUCGAGGCAAUGGAACUUAGUUUGGAUGGGAACAGGGGAGGAUUGGAUCUCGCCAAGUACGGCUGGAGGUCGGAAAAGAGGGUCUCCUCGGAGAGCUCGGAUAAUUUUGAAACCGAGGAGAAAAGCGAGAGGAAGUCGAGGCGACCGAAGAGAGUGUCCAGCUCAACCGUCAUCGAUAUCUUCCCAAGGGAUGAACUGGGGGAGGGGGAGAAGAGUUUUGGAAGGAAAUCAAGGGUCCACAAGUCAUCGGAGAGCUCGGAAUUAGGUAGCACUGAUACUCUGGAUUCUGAGAGGAGAAAUAAAUCUGACAGCACUGAGACUUUAGACAGUCUUGAAAAGGAUGAGGAACGGGAGGGACGCGAAGAAGAGAUGCUGCAUGAGGAAAAACAUGAUAAACAUGAUUCAUGGAUCAAACCAGAGUCAGAGCCAGCGACUGCAGUGACUGCGACUCCAGAGGACUCAAAGACGCCCGAGAAAAGCUACUGGCGUCAGGCAUCAGAAUCAAAAGAGAACCUCGACAUCCAUCAGCUGUUGACCCUGACAAUCGUCAGUCGCAUAUCCGACAACGGUAACAAUCAGCGGAACUCAUCUCAAUUUCCCAAGAAGAAGCUCGCUUCACCCCCAACAUCUCCCAUCAAACAAGAAGACAACAAAUUACUCUUCAACAAUCUUUUAUCGAGCAAAAACGAUGAGGAUCUCCAAAAUAUGUUAAAUGGCAAUAUAUCCGAAGUGUCGACUGAUACCAAGAGCUUCAAGGAGAAGCUCAUCAUGUUCGAAAAGUUGGGAAAAUAAAUUUCAAAUAGUUCUCAACUUGAUGUAAUUAACAAUGAGGUAAUUUACGGGGCCUCAAAAAAUGUAAGUAAAGCAUUCUUGCUAUUAUGGCGAUUAAAUAUUUCGCAAUGCAAAUUGUACAUUAAAUCAAAGUAACAUAAUUGAAAUUAUUACCAGUUAAGUGACGCCUAAUUAGUCCACGUGCUGAGCACGAGUCAAAAUUAUGUACAAAACAGAAUGAAAAACUGUCAUUCUAUUGUAUUAACCAAUCGUACUGUUCACUCUCAAUGUCAUCAUUUUGUUUUUCUACGAAUGUAAAUGUAAUGUAUGUAAUAUGUAAUUUGUGACAGAUGGAACGAUAAAGAAAUGAACGUAAGUUAUUUAAGUGCCUGUCAUCUCCAUAUCUAUUCUCAUCGUUGCCUAAAUAAAAUAACAAGUCUAUUAUCGAAUAAAAGAGACAUUUGAAAGAUUUUUUUUUUCAAAUGUAAAUGUAUAAUACUGUACCGUUUUAUCAACGUAUCGUUACUGUAAUUAUUCUCUAUCGAUGUGUAAAUAGAGAUUAGAUGAGUAGGUGACAAUUGGACUUGAAGAAACUACUGGAUUAUUUUUUGAAUUAGUAAAUUAUUAUCAAUGCGAGGGAUUAUUGGAGAAUAUGAUACUCGUGUGGUUACCCUUCUAUGAGCCAAAGACUAGAGGCUCACAGAUUUAUGGAAUAUAUUAUGUUGUUUCAAAUUCUCAGCGGGAAUGACUGUAAAUAUAAUGAAGAAUAUAUUGAAAAUGAAAAAAAAAAAUUCCAUGAGAAGCAUUUUCGCGGAAUAUUUUUUUUAAUUCUUUGGAAUAUGUGGCUGCAUGUUGGUGACGGAAUUAAUAUCUGAAAUCAAUUUCUGAAUGGUUUCAUGAUUCAGAUAGAUACUGGAUUUUUUAAGUGGCAAGAUAAUGAAUCAAAAUUAAAAAUCCUUUAUCAUAAUAACAAGAUGGUCUAGGGAAAAAUCUUAUAUCUUUUUUUGACAAUUCAUUUUUCUGUGAAAACUGUUGAUUCCUACAGAAUAAUCUCUUAGGUAUGAUCAUUUUCUCAUCGAUAAAAUCAUAAUUUGAAACAAAAAGAGCUAUUAGGCACUCAUCAGAAAGAAAAACAUAUAUAUAUAUAUAUAUAUAUAUAUAUAUAACUAUUGUACUGAAUGUUUAGGCGACGAACAAGAAAAGAAAAUAAACCCCAUUAAAUGAACAACAAUA